UCGUUUCAAAGCAUAGCUAAACAAAAACAAAGUUUUAGGUAAAUAAAACGUUUGUAAAAUUCUUUUCUGUCCUCAGAUCCACGCGGUACCGCCUCGGAAGAUGCGCCCGAGAAUCAACUCGGCCAUUUUCGUGUCCAACAGCGGCCCAGGCCUGGACACCAGGGAGUUCUUCCGCAGGCACGGCAGCGUCUCCAGGCUGUGUCGCAAAGCGCGCAGCGUGGACAACAUCUCCUUGGAGGAGAAACACUUCGGGCUGCCGCAGCUGUCAAUUUCGGGACCUUCGCCUCCGGAAGAUGAAGAAAAAGAGCUGGACAGGGAAAUCUCGGAGACGGAAACGUUGAUGAGGCAAGAAUGACGCAGAUGUUCCACCUGGGAUUGAAGUGGUGGACAACAUCUACGGGGAGGCGAAGCACCUGGAGCUGACCCAGAGGUCGAGAUAGGCCGUCGAUAUGAAAAUUUGAUUAAGCAAGAAUAACGCAGAUGGUGGACAACAUCCCCGAGGAGGUGAAACAUUCAGGGCUGCCCAAAGUGUCAAUUACUGAGACGUCGCCUCCAAGGAAUGAAGGGAUUAAAGAAUUAAUUAAGCAAGGGUAACGCAGUUGGUGGAUAACAUCCCCGAGGAGGUGAAAUACCUAGGGCUGCCCUAGGUGACAACUUCUAGGCCUCCGCCUUCAGAAGACGAAAAAUAGGUUAGAGAGACGGAGACGGAAAUGUUAAUGAGGCAAGAAUGACGCAGAUAUUCCAUCAAGUAUUGAAGAAGUGGACAACAUCCCCGAGGAUGUGAAGCACCUGCGGCUGUCCCAGCUGCCUAUUUCGGGGCCUUGGCCCCAACGAACAAAAAAUACGUCCAGAGAGAUCGCAAAGAUAAAAAUGUUGAUUAAGCAAGUGUGACACCGAUGGUGGACAGCAUCCCCUAGGGGGUGAAACGCUUAAGGCUGCCUCUAGCGUUAAAUUGGGGUCCUUCACCUCAAUAAGAUGAAGAAAAGGUUUAAAAAGGAUCAUCGCAAGUGUAGAAACGUUAAUGAAGCAAGAAUGACGUAGAUAUUCCGUUGAAGAGGUGGACAACAUCUCCGAGGAGGUGAAUCAGCUGGGGCUGCCCCGGGUGUUCGGAGCACUUGCCUCCAGACGAAGUAGAAAAAUGCUGAAGAUUUUAAUGAGGUAAGAAUAACGCCGAUGUCACACCAGGUGUUGAAGUCAUGGACAACAUCUACGAAGAAAUGAAGUACUUCGGGCUGCCCGAGGUGUCUGUUUAAAAACAGAGCUCUUUCGUACUGCAAUAUUUAAGUUUGAGUUGGAUCGGAAUAGUUUUAAGCGGCUUAUCUUCGAAAAAAGAUGGUAUAUCUCAAAUGCGUCAGCUUGUGUAUUAUCAAAGGUUUAUAUGUGAUUGCUGUGAUGUAACUAACUUGCCUCGAUUGCAGUGAUUAUAACUUUUACUUGGAGCAAUAAAAAAGGACAGAAAGCUUGAGAAGUAGUGAGAAAACUUUUCGGUGCCAAGUGCGAGUAUUAUCUGUGUAAGUAGGAAGAAGAACGCGCGAAAUAAUGUAGAAGUAGAACUUGUAGAAAAAUGAACUGGUGAGCAAAAGAUUGUACAAGGAACAAUUUAUAGAUGCAAAAUCGUGUAAUUGAAGGUUUAUAUCACGAAUUUGUGACGUUCAAAAUCAUAUUUUUCAGCCUUGACCUAGAUCCAGAUCGUUGUGCCCAGAAUCUUCCAACAUACCACCCAAAAAAAUUAUUUCAAGAGUACUCAUAUCUCGAUAAAGAUGACUAUUACGUCAUACCAUAAAUUGUACUAAAGUAAUCAAUGGACGUACGUCGAUGAUAAAAUCACGAUGUCAGGAUUUUGCGAAGUUAAGUUAUUUCACUGACUAUUUUCAUUUUAUUUCAUGGUUUUGAGUGGAUGCUUAAUAAUAUUUUUAGAGGGGAGUUUUAUUUUUGAAAAAAACCGGUUAUGAGUAGAGUACUUUAAGACAGGAACACCAAAGACCAAAGUAUCAUUCGAAAACAACCUAACCUGCUUUAACAUAACCUAGCUAUCCAUCUUUCAAAUAUGAUCGAUCAUGCAUCAUGAAAACAUCGUCUAUCUUUGACGGAUACAUGCAAGUUUAGACAAUAAAAUUCUGUUUGUCUCUGUCUAACAUAUCUGAAACUUCAUUAUAGUAGAAAUCACAGAAGAUGACGAUUACUACGUCAUCAUUUUAGUCUGUAGUAAAGACAAACGACAGCGAUUAGUGAAUAUUUUUAAUGAAGUUUCAGAUAUGUUAAACAGAGACAAACAGAAUUUUAUUUUCUACACAAACUGUAUUGCUAAUUUGCAUGUAUCCGAAAAAGAUAGACGAUGUUUUCAUGUUCCAUGAUCGAUCAUAUCUGAAAGAUGAAUAGUUAGGUUAUGUUAAAGCAGGUUAGGUUGUUUUCGAGAAACACUUUGGUCUUUGGUGUUCCUGUCUUAAGGUAUUCUACUCAUAACUGUUUUUGUCGAAACAAAAACUCCCCACUAAACUUAUUAUUAAGGUAUCCCUCAAAACUAUGAAAUAAAAUGAAAAUAAAAAUGAUCAGUGAAAUAACCUAACUUCGCAAAAUCAUAAUAUAUAUUUGUUGUCAUUAUGUUCCCGAUAUCGUGAUUUUAUCAUCGACGUACGUCCAUUGAUUACUUCAGUACAAUUUAUGGUAUGACGUAAUAGUCAUCUUUCGUGAUUUUGAUUAUAGAAAUAUUCACAAAUCGCUGUCGUUUGUCUUUACUACAGACUAAAUUGAUGACGUAAUCGUCAUCUUUCGUGAUUUCGACUAUAUUUGAAAAACGAAUAGUGAUAGCAUGGCUCCAGGUUUCCGAACAAUGUUGCCAGGUGUAGAGAAAUGUCCGCAAAUUUGGAAGAUUCCCAUUACUCAUCCAGGAGUUUUUAGAAAACUUCAGACGCGAUACGAAUUAUUACGGAAACGCAAUUUUUUGCUCAUCAAAGUUCUUCAGCUUUACCGUAUAGCCAACGUAGAAAAUAUUUUACUACCAUUUACCAAAAAUGUCCUUUAACUAACCUGUAUAGGUGCAAGUGUUUUCCGAAAUAUCCAUUACUUGAACAUAUCCGUAAUUGACGAAAUCGAAGGUCAAACAAGAUUUUUUUAUCUAGUUGGGACCAAACAAUGGAGUAACCAAGAGCUUUAAAUAUAUAGAAUUUAUAAAAGAAAGUGAGAGAAACAAAUUGAUUGGACGAUAUUAUUUUCCAAAAUACUUGCACAAAGAAUAUACUAACUUGAUCUAACGUAUAGCUUUAACUAUUAAUGUAAGGGUUACCAAAGGUCCAAUACUUACGUGUAAAAAUUAUCCCUACCAUUUUCAGUAAUAAUGAAAAGCUUUAUCUAUCUUCUUAGUAUUUAUUAGACAUCUCUUAUGGACCCAGAGGUGAUUGGAAGCAGAAUUUUUGUUAGAUACGAAUUUUACAAUUGCCUGACUGUCAUAUAUAUCGACACUUGAACACAGAAAUUUACUUUUUAC